UUACUUUCUGUCCAUAUGAGCCAGUCUUCUAAACAUUGCCCCUUUAGUGAUGCUGGGUGCCGUAUAUUGAAUACCAAUUGUGUACCAAGCACUGAAGCCUUGUCCAGUGAAGGAGUCAGACAGGAAAUAGACAGACGAUUGGAAAAAAAACUGAAGAUCACACAAAAGGAGAGCAGGAAAUCCAAAUCUCCUCCCAAAGUGCCCAUUGUGAUUCAAGACGAUAGCCUUCCCACGGGGCCCCCUCCACAGAUCCGCAUCCUCAAGAGGCCCACCAGCAACGGUGUGGUCAGCAGCCCCAACUCCACCAGCAGGCCAGCCCUUCCUGUCAAGUCCCUAGCCCAGCGGGAGGCUGAGUACGCCGAGGCCCGGAAGCGGAUCCUGGGCAGCGCCAGCCCUGAGGAAGAGCAGGAGAAACCCAUCCUCGACAGGCCAACCAGGAUCUCCCAGCCCGAAGACAGCAGGCAGCCCAAUAAUGUGAUCAGACAGCCUUUGGGUCCCGAUGGGUCACAAGGCUUCAAACAGCGCAGAUAAAUGCAGGCAAGAAAGGAUGCUGCCGCUGCCGCCAUCACCACCUCCUGGGUCGUCCACCACGGGUUGCACUGCCGUGGCAGACAGCUGGACUUGAGCAGAGGGAACGACCUGACUUACUUGCACUGUGAUCCCCCUUGCUCCGCCCACUGUGACCUUGAACCCCAUGCACUGUGACCUCCCCCCUUACUCCCCUUCCCACUGUGAUUGGCACAUCAACAAGGGCUGUUCCAAGUCAAUGGAAAGGGAAAGGGUGGGGGCUGGGGGGGGGCUGGGGGUCCCAUCAAGGACUCAGAGUAGAGAGUCAGACAGUGCCACUCGGCCACUUGGGGUAAAGCCAGUGCCAGCAAUAACAGUUUAUCAUGCUCAUUAAUUUGGGAUUUCAAAACACAAAUGAGAACUCCCACCCACCCACCCACCCCCAAGUGCAUGUCUUCAUCACUUAAAAAGUAAGUUCCAUUUGAAAAUAUCCUUUCCUUUUUUUUUUCCUUCCUAUUUUUGUUUGUUUAUACAAAUAUCUGAUUUGCAAGGAAAGUGCAUGGGAGGGGUUUUAGCAGUUUAAUGAAUUUUUAAUUGAGAAAGGGUAGUUUGGUAGUCUACUUAAAAAUGUUUCUGGGAAAUUCGCUAGAAACAUUAACCAAUAGGAUUUUGGUGAGCUUAGCUUCUGUAUUCCUACUGCCGCCCAGAAAAGGGGCAGGGCUCUGUAGCCCCAGGACAGAUGAGCACCCCAUGCCUUUACCUCCCUCCCCCAGCUAGGUUCCAGGCCUCUUGGCCCUGCCUGGAGACAGGGCUAGCUCUGUAGGCUCAGAGAGCCUGGGGAGGGUGCCAACCCCACCUCUAGUAUUUUGGGAGAUAGGGAAAGUGACAGACUUCCCCUUCCCCUACCCCUCAGGGUGGCUUCCUACCAGCCAGGCUUACUACUUCUAGAGGAAAGCAGGAAGCAUCAGAGAGUGAGGCUGUACUCCUGCCUUAGGAGCAAGGGAUAGGAGGCUUGUCAAGUGUUUGCUGUCAGCACAAGAAGACCAGGAGAGAGUCUGGCUCCGGGACUUCGGGCCAUUUGCUCAGUGUUGUCAGAAGGUAGAGAGACCUGCCCACUCCAGCGAGGAUAGAACUCUGAAGGGUCUGCGAGUGCUCCAACUCCAUUGGUGGCCUCAGCUCAGUCCCUGUACCUGGUGUGCUUCCUAUGUGAAACCAGUACCAUGGGAACAGACCAGUCUGAAUAGAGUUGGGAGAAGAAGCAUUGCAAAGAUGGAUGGCCAACUAGUUCCCAGUGGUCUGGGCACCCUUCACCCCUUUUUCCAGAGUGAGGACUUGGAAUGAAGAUGAUUUCUCCUUUCCCUGGAGCUUGGAAGUUUGCUUUGGCUCCUUGGGCAGAACAAGCUAGAGGGCAAGUGCCCAGAGAGCAGCUCUACACACCUUGCCCCCUCUUGGGCCCUCUGGUCCCUCCCAGCACACUGCACCUUCCUCCCCAGCCAGCCAGGUGGCCUCACACUCCUGGCUAGCAGGUGGGGUUUGGAAUGGUUGGCAUGAUUUUGGAUUAGGGCAUCUUGUGGCAGCCCUGAUGGCAGGCUAGGGUUUCAGGCUCUCUCCACCUCGGUUCACCUGGUCUCAGCCUUGUCCUUAAGUGGUAAGUCAGGCCCAGGUAUGUCUCAAAACAUCUUCCCCUUAGGAGGAAGGGCCAGCUGUCAGUUGACUAGUCCACGGCACAGCCUUAGAACUGGGAAGCCAGGAAGUGUCUGGGAGCGGUGCUAGAGCAGAGCUCAAUCGCAGGAGGAACGGUCACCUCCAGGAGUGGACAGGAAGAACACUGGCUGCUAUGUUAACAUGCACUGCCCUGACCAAGUGUCCACCUUCUAAAUGUCCAGUGCCCAUCCUCAAGUAAUAGUCUCAGGUGAGACUGUCUUUUGGGAGAAGGAUACAGAGGUAUUCCAGGUGGAAGGCCAGAGAAGUGCCGACUGCCCAGUCCUCAGGACCACCUGUUCUUGUCCUGCCUGCUCCAGUGGGAGCCAAGGGCAGACCAGCUGGUGGGGCUCUGCAGAUUAAGAACCUGGCAGGGACUGGUUCUCCCACGUCCCUCUGGCCAAAGGUGGAGCUGUUGCCCACAUGUGCCUGUCACCACCCACCAACAGUCACAUCUUUGGCUUCCCAGGUGGAGAAGUGGCAGGCAAAUGAAAGAAAAAAAAAUGAAAGAGGAGACUUGUGGGGGGAGGUGGGAGGGGCAAUGGGAAAACGGUUUGGUGUGUGUGUGUGUGUGUGUGUGUGUUUUUGUUUUUGUUUCUUUUUUCUUUUUGUAGUUGUCUUUCAUUAAGUGCUUUUUUUUUUCUUUUUUCUUUUUUUUUUUUUUUAAGUAAGUUGCAGGCUUUGGCUUGGAAAUCCCCAGGGGGAUGAGGGGCAGGAACCUGAAGCUGCUGCCCCUUUAUCUGCCUUCAUGGUACUGUCCCUUCCCCCAGCUCCUCCCAGACCCCAUGAGCCAGGCCACAGCCCUUCCAGCUAACCGCUUCCCAUGAGCCACUACUCUGAUGUCAGCCUAUAACCAAAGGAGCUGGGGGUCCCGGCCUGGUGACCAGCCCUUCUCAGCCCACUCAAUCAGGGUGCUCCCCACCUGCAGGCAGGAGGCAACACCCUAUCUGCUACCAUCAGCCCCUUCCAGAGCCCACCUGCCCCGCCCAGCCCUGCCCUGCCCAGCCAUACCCUGCUCUGCCCCAUCUGGGGGUGCUCUGCUCAGGGAUGGGCCGGCAGGGCUGCACCUAGCCUCCCUGGUAAGCAGAGACUCAAAGAAACCUCUGGGGUCCUGUUUCGUGGUCGUGCGAUCCCAGGGGUGCACAUGGGCCCCUUGGGUGUGUGAACAGAAGGGAUUGGGAGGGAGGGCCGCACCCCGCAGUCUUGCUCUGCUGAUGUAGAGGGAGCUGCCCACCCACCCCACCCCGCACCGCGGGCUCCUGAGUCGGCAGAUUAAGCAUUUUAUAAAUUGUAUUUUAAAUACAUGUUUUAAACUUGUCA